UAGAGCUGGUUAUAUUUUUUAACCACUAGAACCACUUUUAACAUUGCAAACUGUUUUCUUUCAAUUCUGUUUAAGAAUUUCAUUUUACCGUUUAUUCUCUGAAUUAUUCAAUCAAUUAAUUAACUCCUUGACUACCUUAUAAUUUUUUGUUAACAUUGACUAAGUUAUCUUCUUGUCUACAUUAGUUACACUCAUAUCUAUCUUACCCGACUGUUUUUGAUAAACUUACACCAUGGCUAGGACCAAUCAGUAUAUCAGUUCUCAAAACAAAGUGCAAAAGGCCAGGAAAUCCACUGGAGCCUGUGGUGCACUGACCAUCAAAUUGGCAGCCAAACGAGGUAAAACCAUUGGCAAAGGUAAAAAAGAUAUGAGAGACAUGAUAAAAUUUAAACCCAGACGAUACCAUCCAGGUGUAGUUGCUCUUCGAGAGAUUAGGAAACUACAGAAGCGAACUGACUUACUCAUCCCAAGGAAUCCAUUUUUACGACUUGUAAAGGAAAUUGCCAUGGAUUAUUCUCUUGAGCAACUGCGAUUUCAAUCUGCCGCAUUAAGUGCUUUGCAAGAGGCCGCUGAAGCUUUUCUUGUUCGUCUAUUUGAAGAUACACAAUUGUGUGCUAUUCAUGCCAAAAGAGUGACAAUAUUUCCAAGAGAUAUUGUUUUGGCUUUAAGAAUCCGUGGUGAUUUGUUCUUAAGACCAACAGCCGCUAAUUAAAAGCAUUCAUCUUGUAAUUAUUUAACUACUGCUCUUCUCUUUUAAUUCGGAUCUAUGAAACAUUCGAUUAAAAUUGUAAAUAAUAAUAAUCUAUCGACAAAAUAUUACUCAUGUUGAAAACUGUUGUAAACAUUUUCUUUUCUCAUAAAAACGUACAUUCUAAACUUGUAAUUUUCAUCAUUUUCUCAUUAAAAACUUUCAUCUAAA